AUGUCCUCGUUUAAGCUCGACCACCCAAAACAAGAAGGAAAAUAAAAGCCUCAUUUUCUCUCUCUUCUCAUUACGUUUUGUCUCUUUAACCCAACUCUCUCUCUCUCUCUCUCAUGGUUAACUCUCAUAUCACUUUUUUCUCUCUCUAAAAUGGUUCCCAAGGCCGAGAAGAAGACAGCUGCGGAGAAGCUGCUAAAGGAGGCGACGUCCUAAUAGAAGAAGAAGAAAAGGUCAGAGAAGAGUGGAGGACCAGAGACCAUGGGGAUUUCUCGAUGAGUUUCAGAACGGCGACCAUGGGGAUUUCUCGAUGUCCGGUGAAGUGAAGGACCAGAGAUUGGUUGCGUGUGAGGACCAGAUCGAGAGUUGGUCGGCGAGUUGGCAAGGCGGCAAAGGAAGGAACCGGUAAGAGGUGGGUCUGUUGUUACCGGCGGCGGAGAGCAACAGAUGACGGAGAGGACGGCUUUGAACUGGGGUUGAAGGUAUGGCAAAUUACGGAGACAAGUACUAUGGCAACCAACCGGACCCCAACCGGGUUCGCCAAACUAAUGUACAUGGACACCCGGGUCGCCAAACUGAUGCGUAUGGAAACCCGGUUCGCCAUCGCCGAACUGACGAGUAUGGCAACCCGGUUCACCACACGGGUACCAUGGGAGACUAUGAAUCCACUGGGGCCACCGGAGCCUAUGGCACCGGCACCGGAGCAACUGGUACCACAGGUGCGUACCCGGUUCGCCAACCUAAUGUACACGGAGACACGGUUUUAGAAACUGAUGAGUAUGGAAACCCGGUUUGCCUUCGCCAAACUGAUGAGUAUGGCAGCCCGGUUCACUACACAGGUACCAUGGGAGACUAUGGAACCACUGGUGCCACCGGAGCCUAUGGCACCGGCUCCGGAGCAACUGGUAGCACAGGUGCGUACACGGUUCGCCAACCUAAUGUACACGGAGACCGGGUUUCAAAAACUGAUGAGUAUGGAAACCCGGUUCGCCUUCGCCAAACUGAUGAGUAUGGCAACCCGGUUCACUACACGGGUACCAUGGGAGACUAUGGAACCACCGGAGCCUAUGGCACCGGCACCGGAGCAACUUGUACCACAGGUGCGUACCCGGUUCGCCAACAUAAUCGACACGGGGACCCGAUUUUAGAAACUGAUGCGUAUGGAAACCCGGUUCGCCAAACUGAUGCGUAUGGAAACCCGGUUCGCCAAACUGACCAGUAUGGAAGCCCGGUUCGCCAAACUGACGAGUAUGGAAGCCCGGUUCGCCAAACUGACGAGUAUGGAAACCCGGUUCACCAAACUGAUGAGUAUGGCAACCCGGUUCACCGCACGCGUGGGAAGAGAGGUUUCAUGGAGAAGAUCAAGGAGAAGCUUUCUGGAGACCAUGACCACUAUGAGGACCAUAAUCGCCAUUACUAGAGGUGUUCUUGCAUGGUGUAGCAGCUUAUAUAUAUGUCUUAUAUAUGUUGGGUUACAUAUAAAAAUACACAGCUAGAUGUGUGUGUUCGCUUGUAUUUGGAGGGUGUGAAGGUUUACUUUACAAACGAAGUGCAUGCGUAAUUAAUUAAUAAGGGUUGGAGUUGUGUGUUAGUGUGUUACAUGACUGCACCUUUUUUUAGUGUGUUAUGUGGUAUUUUCAAGUACAAUAUGGACCUUUUUUGUUGUGAUUUA